GGUUCAUUGUAAUUACACGUAAAAUGAACAAUAUAAAAUUAAGAUACGCGUUUUUUUUAUUCGGAUUUAUUUAUUAACUAGUAAAUUUAUAAACUUUUUUAAAUUCAAAAUUGGUAAAGAAUUUUACCCAUAUUUAUCACAUUACUUCUUAUUAAAUGCGAGAGUUUUCUACAGUCGCAGAUACAAGUUACUAAGUUUUAUUUACAUAUUUCAUGUUUAAACCUUAUUGAGCGAAUAUACAUAUAGCUGUGCAAUGCGUAGGCAACGGAGAGUGAAUCUAUCACCUAGCUAUUACAACGAUGCGUCUUAUUCUGCCAACACAUCAUAUGCUCCGCUAAAUAAAGAUUUGGAUGAUGAGAAUCCUGUUGAAAUGGAGAGGCUGCCACGCAUUGCUAGUUUAGAAAAUGGACAAUUACAUAGUUUUGAAAAUACUAUUGAGGCUAAAGUGGAAGUAGGUGAUUCUUUACAAGCAUUGGCUUUGCGUUUUCGUUGUACAGUUGCAGACAUAAAACGACUUAAUAAGAUUGAUAAGGAUAACGAAAUUUAUGCGAGGAAGUUUGUAAAAAUUCCAGUAACGCCACAUUCGAUAUUAUUGGAAACAUUACCAACAGUACACAAAAGUGGGAGUAAUAGUCCGUCUCAAAGUGAACAUGAAUCCUUCGAAUCAGGCAUAAUGAGAAACCCUUUGAAAGAUGCUAACCUUAUGUUAAGCGAAAAACUGAUAAUAGCUUCCGUAAAUGCUUCUGGUAAUAAUAAUCCGCAAAAUGUUGACACCAUUAAAUCAGUUUUAGCCUCUACAUUGAGGAGCAAAGACAGUGUCUACUUGGAAAAAGAAAAUCAUUCUACCAAUGACUCCACGGCAUUAUUAGAGGAUUUUCUUGAUGACGAUUUUGCGGAUACAUAUGUACGACCUAUACGAGGGCCCUCAAUAAGUGCUCUACAUUGGUCUGGUUCCGAUGGCGACAUGACUUGGGUAUGCUUGUUUGUUGUAAUCUUGGCUUUAUGUUUUGCCAUACCAUUGAUAGUUGUGAUAUUUUGGACCCAUCCACACAGCAGCGGCAACAACAAUGCAACAACAAAUAACUGACAUAGUGGUUUGAACACGAAUGACAAAUAUCUUUAACGGUAUAUUUAUAUUAUAAUUUAUGUAUAAGUAUAUGAAGAGUCCUUCAAAGAUUCUUUAAUCUAAAGAUGUCAAACAUAUGUACAUCCUUACAAUUCAUAAUAUGCGUGAAUAUAGUAAUGUGAAUCUUUUGCACAGUUUUAAUAAUAGGUUCUUAACGAAAAUCGCCAGGAUUAUAACAGGUAAAUAGCUAUAUACAUAAAUAAAUAAAAAUUUAAGAAGAAAAAAUGAUUAUUUUACUGCAGAGUGCCUUCAUCGUUUUUCAGUCUAAAGAUGUUUAUGUAUGUACUUGUUUCUACAAAACUUCUUGUUUUUCAAUCAAAUUUUACAAUAAAAAUUUAAACUUUUUAUUAAAGAUAUCGUUAGUUAGAUUAUGCGAAACCCUUUUGUAAAUAAUAACUAUUAUAAUUAGGAACCUGUCUAUUGUGAGUAGCUUUAGUUUUUAAUGAAAAUUGUAAUAUUUAUACCAUCGGCUCGUAAAGUCUCAUAAAAAGUGAAAUAAAUAAGAAUUUGAAAAAAAUCUAAAA